AUGGCGCAGCGUUUCCUUUACAAGAUAUGGUAUGUAGCAUGCCAGGCGGUCUGCAACUGCACCCAUCCAUUCGUCAUGAUCCUCCUCCUCCUUCUUCUCUACUCCACUCUGCGUCCCCUCCACCCAGGCUCAGCCGCACCAAUCCUCGAAUCUCCCGUCCCCGACCUGCUUGCUCGGGCAUCCGAAUCCUUCAGCGAUUCCUGCGCCUCCAUCGAGUUCUACGACGGUAUCCCUGUGCAGACGAACUACCGGUCCGUCGCGGACGUCAUUGUCACUUGUCUAGUAACGAUCUUCUCCUGUACGUGGGUCUCCGUGCACCCGAAUGUGCGGGGGUACAACUCGACGACUUGGGAAAGGUUCUUGCAGCGGGCGGAGGCGAUGCUCUGGGGUAUCGUUGCCCCGGAGCUGAUUGUGACGUGGGCCAUCAAGCAGUGGGAUUCGGCGAGGGAUAUUAAUUAUCUUAUUAAUGAGUAUUUGAGGAGGAGGAAAGAGAGUGGAGGGGAUGGUUUCAUCGAAUGGACGCUGGUUCAUUCACACUUCCUCCAGAUGGGAGGGUACAUAUUCAAACGAGGCGACACGCUGCAAUGGGUCGACGUAUGCGAAGCACUACACCACUUCGAAUCCGACGAAACCGAUCUGGUAGCGGUGAACUGGGCGACGGGGUAUGGGCACGAGAGGGCCGGACGCGGGACCGUCGCCAAAGACGACAUGCUCGACGCCCUCGAAUCCCUCAUCCACCGCACAGACACCAAAGAGGAAUUGGCCGACCGCAGCAAAACGGACGCCCUAUCCAAAACGUUCGUCGUGAUGCAGACCUCGUGGUUUAUGAUGCGGUGUAUUGCGCGUUAUGCUGAAGGUCUUGCGGUCACCGAGUUAGAACUGACGACGGCGGCCUAUGCGCUGCUGAAUAUUGUCAUGUACUUUUGUUGGUGGAAUAAGCCGCUGGGGGUGCAGUGCCCGAUUGUUGUCCAUGUUGAGCCGCGGAGGAGACCGGAGUCUGAUGUGAACACGGAUAUCGACUUUCCGGAAAAGGUUGCUUGGAAACCAUUCUCGGAAGGUGUGCUGUCGAUCUGGAGUACUGCGAGGAGGUUGUUUUCGGCUUUGUCUUCCAAUCGUGCGAAGUCGGAUUCGGAGGGUACGCGGUUGAGGCGGUGGUUGCCUUCGGAAAAGGCUCUCGGCGAUUUUUUGUAUAGGUCGGUAGGGAAGGAGUACAAGGAGGGAAUGCGUAGCAGGUCUUUCCUCAUCACAAUAAUCGUCAUUUUCUUCCCCGUCCUCUCCUUCCUCAUGGCGAUACGACGGAUAGCCGAGGCUGUACAACCGAGAGUGCCUUCGGAAAAAGCCCUCGGCGAAUUUCUGUUCAUGUUGGCGGGGAGGAAAUACGUAGAGGGAACACAUAGCAGAUCUUUCCUCAUUGCAAUAAUCGUCAUUUUCUUCCCCUUCGUCGCCUUCCUCACAAUGACACGGCGCAUGGCCAUUGUCAUCAUCUCACCUUACCUCCCCGAACGACCGCACGCCAUCCAAAAGGAUGCACCCCCACCUCGCGUGCCCUACCCCUCCUUCUACAACAAAUGGCUCCGAAGAGGCUCGGAAAAGGUGUUCCUAGUCCUACCCGCCUCGCUCCUCGGAUCCGCGUUCGGUGCUGUCCACUGCAUCGCCUGGAUGCCCGGCUGGCACUUUUCCUCUCCGGUCCUUCGGCUCCUAUGGCGGAUAUUCUCGAUGUAUAUUUGUGUUAUACCGAUUGUGCCGUGGUUUGCGUAUGCGGGUGGUAAGUGGCUUUUUGCCAAUAGGCUGCCUAAGUUGUUGGUGAAGUGGGGGUUGUGGGUGGGUGUUUUACCGGUUUUGGUGUAUGUGCCGGCGAGGGUUGUGUUGGUUGUUGUGACUGUUGUUGAGUUGUUUUAUUUGCCGCCUUCGGCGUAUUUGACGAUUGAGUGGUUGGAGUAUUUGCCGCAUGUUUAG